CUCCCCCGAGCUCCGCCCCUUCCCUAGGUUUAGCUGCCGUACUUUCCCGCUCCCGGCGCCAGCAGCCGUCCGCGUCGCUGUCCCGGUCGCCGUCGCCUCUGCCGCCGCCUCGCCUCCGCCGCGCGCCCCUCGGAGCCCCGCGCCCCGCCAUGCCCAACAUCGUGCUCUUCAGCGGCAGCUCGCACCAGGACCUGUCCCAGCGCGUGGCUGACCGGCUGGGCCUGGAGCUGGGCAAAGUGGUUACCAAGAAGUUCAGCAACCAGGAGACCAGCGUGGAGAUUGGUGAGAGUGUGAGGGGGGAAGAUGUCUACAUCAUCCAGAGCGGUUGUGGAGAAAUUAACGACAACCUGAUGGAACUCCUCAUCAUGAUCAACGCCUGCAAAAUUGCGUCAUCAUCCAGGGUGACUGCUGUGAUCCCGUGUUUUCCAUACGCUCGACAAGAUAAAAAGGACAAGGUAGGAGAGAGUCGUGCUCCGAUUUCUGCAAAACUUGUGGCCAAUAUGCUCUCGGUGGCUGGGGCGGAUCACAUCAUCACCAUGGACCUGCAUGCGUCUCAGAUACAGGGAUUCUUCGAUAUUCCUGUGGAUAAUUUGUACGCAGAGCCAGCCGUCCUGCAGUGGAUUCGGGAAAAUAUCGCAGAGUGGAGGAACUGUAUCAUCGUGUCACCUGAUGCUGGCGGAGCCAAAAGGGUCACGUCAAUUGCAGACAGGUUGAACGUGGAAUUCGCUUUGAUCCACAAAGAGAGGAAGAAGGCGAAUGAAGUGGAUCGGAUGGUUUUGGUGGGCGAUGUGAAGGGCCGUGUGGCCAUCCUCGUGGACGACAUGGCUGACACGUGUGGUACCAUCUGCCACGCUGCAGACAAGCUACUCUCAGCUGGAGCCACCAAAGUUUAUGCUAUCCUUACUCAUGGGAUCUUCUCUGGGCCAGCUAUUUCUAGAAUAAAUAAUGCUGCUUUUGAGGCUGUUGUUGUCACAAACACAAUUCCACAAGAGGACAAAAUGAAACACUGCGCCAAGAUUCAGGUCAUUGACAUUUCCAUGAUCUUGGCAGAGGCGAUCCGAAGGACGCACAAUGGGGAAUCUGUGUCCUACCUGUUCAGCCAUGUCCCACUAUAAAUCCAGAAUGGGAAGUGUCCAGCAAGCCCACGCUGACUUCUGAUUUGUUUUUGUUUGUCUGAUUUUUUAGCUUUAGGGCUCAGCAAUGACAGGAUAAUCACUGGCAAAAGCAUCAGGUCUUCGUAUACUCUCAGAUUCAUUGUUCCCUCUUUUAAAGCUCAAGAUCAUUUCUUUCCAGUGUUUUGGGGAAGGUGGUAGUUAUUUGGUCUUUAAGUGAACUAUCUUAAAUAAAAAAUGGCUCAAGGAGUAGGGCGCCAGCCCCAUAU